CGCCUUCCGUUGACAUAUAAUCGUUGGGGUGAAAGCAGACUCCCGUGACCUGGCACCGUGAGUCUACACAGCUUGGUGAUCUCACUAUCGCAACUGGGACGGCAGAAACCCACUGGAGAACGCCUCUCUUUCGACAUCCUCUCUUUCCGUAUGAGUUCUUUCCAGGAGUUGGAAUUCAAGAAUGCCGUUGCUCCCAUUACUGCCGGGGUCGUGGUAUCAGCAGUCUUAUUUGGGUGUGCCAUCGUCCAGACGAACUCGUAUUACAAGAGCUUCCCUGCUGAUAGCUGGCUCCUGAAAGCCCUCGUUGUAACCGAGAUGCUACUUCAAUUAGUGCGAACUGCAUUGCUCACGACUGGGAUAUGGCAAGUGGCAGUAGUUGACUAUGAACAAUCACAACUACAAGUCUUCAUUCCCACAUCUUUGGCUACUGUGAUAAUUCUUAGUGCCCCGAUCGCAUUCUUAGUACAGGCAACCUUUUCAGUGCUGCUAUAUAGACUUUCCCGGCGGCCAAUACUUUUCACUAUUCAUUUAUUCCUGACCGCUUCGCGAUUCGUGUUACAUAUCGCAAUCGGCGUUGCGUCCUACGGUACGAGAAAUACGGGAGAAUUGGUGCAGCAGUGGUACUGGUGUAUCGUGGCAAUCCUGAUUCUCUCAAUCAUAUGUGAUACGUUCGUCACCGCUUCGCUCACUCACCGGCUGAAGAUACAGAAGAUAGACUCCACCCAGCCGUCGGAAGUUAUUGAUCUUAUAAUCGUAUUUACUUUCGCUACUGGAUUGUUGACUAGUGCGGCCGAAUUAACUACAGUCGUCUGCCUCUGGGCACUACCGGGAAAUUGUACCUGGAUGUCACUUUGGAUCGCUGUGUCUGGCUUGUAUACGGUUUCUUUCUUAGCUGCGCUCAAUCAACGUGGACACUUCUGUCAGCUGCUGCCGGGUCACGAUUGCGGGUGUACGAAUUGGACGGAAGGCAAUGCGCAGGGUUUCAAAGAGUAGUUCGGAUUGCUAAUCAUCAGACUGUUUUUGGUAUAAAGUGUAGGCGUCCAAAAGUGUACCUCGGGAGAUGGCAAUUCCAAACUGCAAAGGUUCGCAAUCUAAGUAAUACACCUACAUUUGCCCCUGGUACGCAAUGGCGAAUUCCUGGGAAGUUGAGCACUGCGAAAAUGUAACUUCCCGCUCACAUUUUGUGGUCCUCACAGCGCAGAUAAGCAGUAUCGUAUUCUCCUACAUUUAAGCAUGCCUUGCACGACGCAAUGAUACUUUUUAUCGAUUCCCUAAUCGAUCACUAUCUAACUACACACUCAUUUCCUCACCACC